AUGAACAACACCGACAAGCUCACGGCCACGGCGACGACGGUUGUUAACGGUAUCAUGGUGAGUUUGCAAAUCGAGAGGAUUCACCAGACACGCGACAGACCGGGUGAGCUGGAGCCACUGGAGUUAAUCUCACAUCAGCUGGUCUCGUUCGGGAUGGGCGAUGGGGAUGGUGUGGCACACGAUAUGGACGGAUGGAUAUCAGAGAUUGGAGUCACGGAAACAGGACAACAGAUGACAGCAGGAAAGGACAUGGCGACAAUUUGCGUGUAG